CCUCUCUCAGUCGCUACUUGUACUACUCACUACCACAACCUUUUAUUUCUCUUUUCUCUAGAACCCUCCACAAAACCCUUAAAACCCUAAAACCCCAAAGGUACAACUCCGAGCACCACCACCACCACCACCACAACCACCAGCAAUGGCGUUGUUGUACUCUCUCCGCCUCCACCGAACCCUAACUUCUCUCUCCACUCUCCACCGCUCUCUCCCCUCAAUCUCCGCUUCCACCUCCACUCCUCUCCUCCACGGCCCCAUUUCCUCCACCGCCACCGCCACCACCACCACCUCCUCCUCCAAUCUCCUCGCUAAACCCCGGCCGUUCCGAUCAUCGGCCAUCGCGCUCUACUCGUCUCGCUCGACCUACAACCCCAACAGCAACGAAGAGAUCGGACCCGAUACGAUACUCUUCGAAGGCUGCGAUUACAACCACUGGCUAAUCGUCAUGGAUUUCGGCAAGGAGAAUAGGCUCUCGCCUGAGGAAAUGGUCCGUGCCUACGAGGAGACCUGUGCCAAAGGCCUCAAUAUCAGUGUGGAGGAGGCAAAAACGAAAAUUUAUGCUUGUAGCACAACAACAUAUGUUGGCUUUCAAGUUUUGAUGACAGAAGAGGAGUCUAAAAAAUUUGAAGCUUUACCUGGAGUUACCUUUGUAUUGCCAGAUUCUUACAUAGAUCCAGCAAACAAGGAGUAUGGAGGAGAUAAAUACAUUAAUGGUACAAUUAUACCUAGGCCACCACCAGUUCAGUAUGGAAGGCAAGGGAGACCGCGUGAUCGAAGAAAUAACCAAACAACAUAUAAUCAAUCAAGACCGUCAUUCGACUACCAGGCAGGAGAUGGAAGGAACCGUGGCGCUCCACAAAAUUAUUCACCACAGCAGAAUUAUGGCCCUCCAGGACAAGCACCACAGCAGAAUUAUGGCCCACCCAGACAAGCACCACAGCAGAAUUAUGGCCCACCCGGACAAGCACCACAGCAGAAUUAUGGCCCUCCAGGACAAGCACCACAGCAGAAUUAUGGCCCUCCAGGACAAGCACCACAGCAGAAUUAUGGCCCUCCAGGACAAGCACCACGGCAGAAUUAUGGCCCACCAGGACAAGGAGAAAGAAGAGAUCCUAUGCCCAUGAACAACAUGAAUUAUGCCCCUGGAGGAAUGGGCAGUCACCAGUCUGGGAGGGGAGAUCCAACACCUUCACAACACAGCAACUACAACCAAGGGCAGGGAAAUUAUCAUCCCCAAGAACGUAGAGACUUCCCUCAAGGAAAUCAGAGUGCUUAUGUGCCUCCUGGGAAGGAGAAUUUUAUGGGAGAGAAUAGGAAUUAUGGUCCUCCACAGGGUGGACCUUAUGGGCAAGGAGCAGGUGGAUAUCAAGGCCAAGGAACAGAGGGAGCUUAUAAGCAGGGAGCAAGUUCUGGCUAUGGGCAGAGUUACCCAGGGCCUGGAGAAGGUCAAAGGUUCUCACAAGGUGAACAGAGGAACUGGCAAGGAGAGCAAAGGACCUAUGCACCAAUGGGACAAACGGGAAGUGACCAAGGGCGAUAUUGAAAACACUACGGAUGGUUAUUCAAGACUAAGAUGAGAAGGGAUCUGUAAAGAAGAUAUGUUUCUCUCCUUCAUUCUCGCGAGCAAGGAGAAAAUGCUUAGGAACUUUCGUAUUUCUUUUGAAUUGGAAAUAAUUUUUACUUUAAAAAAAAUUGUUUAGGAACUUUUGUAGCACUCAUUAAAAAAAAAAAGAAGAAGAAACUUUUGAGUUUGUCAUGGUAAA